UUCAAUUCAAUUCAAUUGGCUUUAUUGGCAUGACGUAACAAUGUAUAUAUUGCCAAAGCAAGCAUCAGAAAAAAAGAUAACAAGAUAAGGAAAGCAAUAUUUACAAUAAAUUAUUAUAUUUAAAAUAAAAUAAAAACUAAUAACAAUAAAAGAAAGCAAUAUCAUUGAAUUACAAUCAACAUAUAAUUUAUACAAUCUAACUGUCCCAGCAAAAAAAGAAGAAAAAAUAAAAUAAAAAAUAAAAACAAAACAACCAACAGCUGUGUGUCACUGCCGGUCUCUCAGUGUGUGACAGGCAGAAACAUAGAGUGCUGCUAAUCUAAUCUACAGCUCUGUGACUCUUUUUUCUCUCUUUGUUUUUAUAUUUUACUUUUAAAAUUCAAUGCAACAAUGCAGUAUUAUCAGGACAGUGACAACAUAUAGCAGCCCACAUACAAAAAACAGCAGCAUUACUGGGGAGAUUAUGGAUUUUAAGAGCUUCAACUGACAAAAAUUGAAGAAAAAAUGCAGAUGAAACAGAUAUGCAAUCUGUAAAAUAAAUGAAUAUCAUAGAGAGAAAAAAUAAAAUAAAAAAUAAAAACAAAACAACCAACAGCUGUGUGUCACUGGCUGUCUCUCAGUGUGUGACAGGCAGAAACAUAGACUGCUGCUAAUCAACAGGCUCUUAUUUUGAAGUCAGCGGUAGUAUUCCGGAAGUGCGUAUCGGACUCGGACGGAAGUAGAGGAACAUUUGUCUUUGUGAUGAUCGACGGACAGAUUUAAAUAUCCAAACAGGUUUCAGUCCGCGGCUCCCUUACCUUCCGACACCAGCGCGCGUUUCAGCGGCUCCUGGAGCUCCGUGUGGCCCGUUAGGAGACUCUCGGCCCGGCUCGGUGCCUGUCGAGCGGCGGGAUGGCCGUUAUCAGCAGCAAGGCUCUCCACGAGCAGCUCUGCAUCAUCAUGGGGGCGCUGACCAAGGCGGCGGUGGCGGAGAUCUGCGAGCUGGUGGACGAAGGUUACGCGGUGCUGCAGCUGGAGAUCUCCCGGAGCCACAAGGAGAACGAGGACCUGAAGAAGAAGCUGCACCUCAUCGAGUCCAUCGUGCUCCGGGGGAGCAGCGGGGGGAAGGAGGCGGCACCGAUGGCGGCGGCAGCGAGAGAAGCGGAGUUCUCCCCGGCCGGGGCGGACGGCGGACAGUACCCGGAAACAGCGCAGCAGCAGCGGGACAACGGCGGAGGAGACACCGCUGGUGCUGCUGGAGCUGCUGGAGGAGGCGGGGAGGGCGUUGUGGAGGUGCCGGAGGAGCUUCCAGACGUGGUUCUGAUUAAAGACGAGGACUCUGACAGUAACGACGUCUUUGAGGACGAUAGCACUACAGCUGCUGAUGGAGGGACGUCUGCAGCCAGAGAGUCCACGACCACCAGCCGUGCGAUGAAGAGACGCUGGCCGGGCGGCGAGGAGCUGGACAGGAAGUCGCCCUCUGUGCCGCUCGCUCUGAACACUGCAGGGACGCAGAAGAACGGCGUGACCAUCUUCACCCUGGACUCUCCUCGCAGCGAGCCCGGCUGCUCCGGGCAGCUAGGCGGCGAGGAGAUGGAGGCCGGUGACUCGGUGUGUUCCUACUCCUCUCAGAUGGAGCCGGACGUCCAGCUGGUCGCUCCCAGCGCCAACAGACAGACGUACUUUGGAGGCGGCGCUCUGGUUGAGUCUCCCUCUAACAGGGCGGAGCUGGAUCUCAGCCUGACGUGGACCAAACAGUCAAAAAGUCACAUGGCUUACACUCAGUUUCACCAAAGCGAAAACGUAGAGGCGGAUGCUUUCGGGCUGAAGCUGGUCAGCGUGUCGGGCUCCACCUCCACAGACUGCCAGCUGUCCGAGAGCAGCAACUCGGCGUUCGAGUACGACGAGGCCGACAUGAUGAGCUACGGCCUCUACAGGGACCCGUCGGGUCGGCCGCCGAUGUGCAACGGGCAGCCGGGCCUCCGGGGGAAACGCUUCGUGUGCGCCAUCUGCUCCAAGACGUACGCCACGUCUCAGAACCUGGACGUUCACAUGCGGAUCCACACAGGCGAGAGGCCCUUCAGCUGCGACCAGUGCGGCAAGAAGUUCACCCAGUCGGCUCACCUGAAGUCUCACCUGAGCGUCCACUCCGGCGAGCGGCCGUACGCCUGCAACAUCUGCUCCCGGAGCUUCAUCGUCAAAUACAGCCUCAAGUUACACAUGAAGAAAUGUCAUCCGGACGUGGCCGAGCCCGAGUGAAUUUACCCGUUUCACUCCAAAAAGUUCUGCUGAGUAAAUAUAUGAAAAAAAGUUUUUAAAGACAUUUUUUUGGCCAUUAUUGAUAGGACAGAGUGAAGGGGAGACAGAGGGGAAGACAUGUGGGAAAGGGCUCCGAGUCGGAUUCGAACCGAUGGUACGCGCUCUACCAGGUGUGCCACCGGGAACACCCCAAAUAUAUUUAAUUUAAAAAAAAAAAGCUUUAUUUACAGUCAGAAUUCAAAUCAAUUCAGUGUUCUCCUCGCAGGCUACAAUAUUGCUCUAGGGAGCAGAGAUGCAGGAUACAAAAUAGCUCGCGAGUGAUUUGAAAGCGCUCAAAAAAACAAUAUGCGCCCGCGGAUGUUUGAUUUGCGAUCGCGCGGGUCUCAUUACGAGUGCACGAUUUUUGUCAGUGUUCUAAUCCCAGAGGAGCCGUCCACUGCUGUUGUUUUGGUCCAUAAAGGUUUUGUGUAGCAGAUGAUCAGGGGGGUAUUCCAGAAAGCAGGUUCAACAACCUCUGAGUCUAUCCCUGAACUCUGAGAUGACUUACCCUGAGAUGGGAAACUCUGGGUAUCCGGUUCCAGAACAGCUGAUCUGAGUUAGUUCAAUCAUCUCUGAGUAUGUCCGCCUCGGGUUACGCGCGUGCACAACCACUAUAAAAAGCCAUCAUCAAUGGAGCCCCGAUUCCACGAGUCACCAUGACAACGGAAAAAAAACAAAGAUCGACCUAUUUCACCGCGGUAGAGUUGGAGAUACUCAUGCAGUCCUACGGCGAGUAUGAGCACAUAUUUCGCCGAAAAAGUAACACGGCUGCAGCAGCGAAGGAGAGAGAGACUGCAUGGGAGAAAAUUGCUGCCCGAGUCAACGCGUAAGUUUGAAUGUAACACUGACGCAACAUUUAACCGUAAGAUCGUAGCAUUGCCUAUAGUUAUGAUCAUAAGUAGGAAUUAAAUCUAAUUUUCAUUUAGGUGCAAUCCAACAGGAGAAAGGAGGACUUGGAGGCAGUUAAAAAUGAAACAUAAAAACAUUAUUCAAAAAGGUAAGACAUAUUUUGCUAGGCUAUGAUUGCACCUCACUUAGAUUUUUAUUUUAUUUUUUUAAAUUGACUUAGGCUAUUAAACAAAGUAAAUAUUAAUUCAGUGGCUACUUCAAAUAGUAAUUUAAACCCCUAACAAAAUGUUGUUUUUCAACGUCCUCUCACUUAAUACUCCACUUAGUAGAUUAACACUUUAUACACAUCGAAACACAUUUAUAUUUUAUAUCUAUUGAAGUUAUUUAAUGUGAGUGCUCGUCCGCGGUGUGUGAGGUUGGUGAUAUAUGGGCGGAGAAGGUUAUUGAGAUAAAUGAUACUGUUUGAUGAAAAGCGGUAGCGUUCGAAAAGAAAAUCCUCUGGAAAUGAUAAAACGUGUAACCUGGGUCGGAAGAUUCUUUCGCGACGUAAAACAUUUCUAAUCAAAACGGCCUCGAUGUCGAUCGGAUUUCUAAGAAAGGGGCAAUCCAUAUCUAACCGCUUUCUUCGUGUGGGAGGAGACAGGUAGAAACUCUGGGGUUUUUAUAGUAAACCUGCAGCGAGCAGGUUAUGUUCACAGAGUACGUCACCGCAGUAACGGACCCAGAGUUUAAGUUACCUCUCUUUCUGGAACGGAUAACCUCAGAGUUUCCCUCAUCUCAGGGUUAACAAGCUCAGAGUUUUCACAUAACCCGCUUUCUGGAAUACCCCUCUGGUAUUUCAGGAUGGCCUCCAACAUGUUGACAGGUCAUCUCUCCACCACCUCCUGCAGUGGCUCCAACCACAGAACCAGCUCUGUAGACCAGAACCAGCUCUGUAGACCAGAACCAGCUCUGUAGACCAGUCUGAUCAUCUCCCCAGCAGACUGCAGCAGAAAACAACACACUACCACCACAGACUGAUAAAACUUCAGUCGUAUUGAGCUCAAAGCUUUAUAAAUUUAAAAUAUUUCCUGCUAAGAAUCAGUAAUGAUAAGUCUUUUAAAUCACUGACAGUAAACUAUUCAGAUGUUUUGAUGAUUGAUUAUUUAUUUAUCUUCCUUUUCUUGACAUUAUAGAAAAACUGAAUAUCUUUGGGGACAAAACAGAACAUUUGGACAAAUUGUUGGAAGUUUUCUAAUGAAUUAUGUAUAAAAAAAAUAAUCUAUAGUGUACAUUUCAUAAAAAAGGUUAACAGUUAAAGA